GUGUGAAAGGCCACGCCCACUACGUACAAAUUCUUCCUGUUAUGAAGCCGAUGCAUGUGAGCGAUAACUUUGCUGUGAGAAGCUGCUCUUCGGGUGGCCACUGAAUUGGAAAAGUGAGCAUUAGCAACUGUCUGCUACCCAGAAGAGAAGAGAAGAGAAGAGAAGAGAAGAGAAGAGAAGAGAAGAGAUGUCUACCCAGGCAAACAGAGUGAUGGCUUUGUCCGAGUGGGAGGACAGGUGGCAGGAAGGAAAAAUUAGUUUUCACAGACCUGACGUGCACAAUUUGCUGGAAAAAAACUUGGACAAAGUCAUAUGUGGACGAAAGGAGGUUCGAUUCUUCUUCCCGCUAUGCGGAAAAGCUGUGGACAUGAAAUGGCUGGCUGAUAUGGGUCACACAGUUGUGGGAGUCGAAAUUUCCGAAAAAGGAAUCAAACAAUUCUUUGCAGAGCAGAAUCUUGCUUUUAAUGAAGAGCCAGUACCAGCCCUUCCUGGAGCUAAGGUUUUCAAGAGUGCAGAUGGAAAGAUCUCCAUCUAUCAGUGUGAUUUAUACAAGUUCUCCAGUGCUGUUGCAGGAAAGUUCGGCGGAAUUUGGGAUAGAGGAGCAAUGGUGGCUAUAAACCCAUGUGACAGGCAAAAGUAUGCUACUCUCCUUAUGUCCUUAAUGAACAAUGACUGCAGAUAUCUUCUGGACACAAUGGAAUAUAAUCCUGAGCAAUAUAAAGGUCCGCCAUUUUUAGUUUUGGAAGAGGAUGUAAAAAGUGAAUAUGGAGGUGGAUGUGACAUUGAAUUGCUGGAGUCUGUAGAUGCCUUUGUGGAAAAGUAUAGAUCAUUGGGACUGGAUUCACUGACAGAGAAAAUUUACCUUCUGACUCUAAAAGCCCAAUGAUCAAUCAUCACGUACUGGAGGGAGAUUAAAAAAUAAAGAUUACUUAAUGCAAUAAAUAAUUUAAGGUUUUUAAAAGACAGUUUUCAAUUUUCUAUUUUGAUAACAGUGGCCUGAAAAGUUAUUGACUGAAUAGUUGAACGUAAUGUCAAAGAGUUUAAUACAUUUUCAAAUCGUU